GUCCCAUCGCGAACAUGGCUCAAGUCGUGGCUCAGCGUCAGGUAGUAACCGCCAAGACUCAGUUGACUCAAAAGCAGAGUACGGAGACGGUUCAAGUCAUGCUUUAUACUUCGGUCGGUGCAGCCAAAGCUCCUCCCAUCCCUUCGGGCAUUUUCCCUUCGCUGGCCUUUGACACAGCCGAGUUUGAUGAUGACGACGAAUUCUAUACCUUGGAAGGUCUCAUGAACGGCGAACAUCCUCGCCGAGCACCGCCGUCCUCACCAUCCAGCACUUCAGUGAGACAAUCCGAGCGAGAAACAUUGAGUGUUCCACUACUCAAAAGAGGUCGAAGUAUCCGUGCAGACCAGCUUCUCGAUUCCCUUGUAGGUUACAUGACCAGGCCGGGUAUUGCGACGCUGACUCGAGCACUCAUUAGGNAUACAGCAUAUGAGGCACUGCAUCGAGGAACAUUGCAUGCCCUGCGCAUUCCACUCAUGAGCGACCCUGAGGUUAACUCCGACUCUCUCGAACUGUGGUCGUUUCGCAUAGUCUACAAGAAAUCCGCCGAAGGCGAACGUCUAGUAAAAGGUCUCGAGACCAAACUCGGAAACGAGGAUGUUUACGACCCAAGCCUAUGCGUUAUUGAUCUGCUGGGUCAGGUCUACGAUCAAUGCGGAGAACUCCCACAGUUGCCAGGUAACGAAGAUACUUGCGUCAUCUUUCUAUUGAGCCAUUUGCCUGAUUCAUCUCUGCAGNACGAUCGCUACAUUCAGCCAAGCAUCUUGUAUAGAGAGGAUGGAUGGGAGCCAAAGGGCUUUGUGGAAACUCAGUCCCAGCCAUCAGUUCAAGGAUUCGCAGGCUGGCACCGGCAUCCCGCAGAUCUAGGCAUUAUCGGUGGCCUUCAUCACGAUAUUCAUCUUUUGCUUAUAUUGCAAGCCUUGCACUACGGAUCGCGUCCCUUAAACAUGAGCAUUCCAGCANCUAGACGAAUUUCCCAAGAUCUCCGGUUCCGCAAGCCUGAAGUUGUUGAGGGAGGCCGGCUUUUCACCAGGACGUCGACUCUCUCCAGUGGUGAUCCUCCUAUCCGACCGAGGACAACCUCGCCUGCUCCAAGCAGAAGGACCUCUGCCGCCUCAGCUAUACCGGAGACACCUCAGCGUGAUGUCCAAUCCGACAAGAACGGAACAUCUUUUGCAGAUCGUCACGCCCUCGCAGAAGUCACGAACAAUCUCUUACUUGAUAAAGAUACACUUCCAGCAAACGGUGAAUUACAGAAUCCGGCUACAGCGCAUGUUAUCUCUAUCUCGGAGCAGCUACCACGUUCGGAAGUCUCGAGUGUAUCGCAAGUCGAUGAUGACAUGAGACGCAGGAGCUCACUAGACAACAUGGUAAGCUGGAAGUCGUUCAGAGCUUGCCACAGAACUAACAAGCUGUCCAGANUGAUGCCUAGCUCGUACCGUGAAGACAACAUUGCGACUCAAGUCAGGAGAAGUGCGACGCAGUUGUUAGGUGAUCAGGACAGUCCAAAUCCUGAACUUGCUGAGCAUAUGAAAAUCUAUGACUUUCUCACGAGCGAGACAGCACAUCAUCUGUGGGACGUGAUGUGCGAACUUCAGCAAAGACCGACACCGACGCUGGCGAACGUGUCCAUCACGAGUUGCCGAUGCCAGCUCCAUGACUUGAUGGACGAGAUGCAUUCUAUCUGUCAAGGCUAUUUAGAAGGCGACAGUCGUCAGCCUCCACGACAUGUCUGCCAUCUCUGCUUGCUGGGUCGUAUGGUCGACAGGGCCACUCUUAGAAGGCUCCGCGAGUUGGCUUUGGAACGUAGGGCAAUGGACCUGCUCCUCUCAGAAGAAGUCGAUAAUGCAGUGGAGUUGAGUAGAAAGCUCAGUAUGUACAAACGAUCCCAACCUUAUAACAUGCUGACAAGAAUUUCAACGACAGAUAUGCAAUUCGACAAAGUUGCAGAACUGGUCACGUCUCUGGUUUCACAUGGAUUCAUUGUGGAGCAAGGCAGACGCUCCACAAGAAACUCGCAGGGCAGGAUAAGCUUUCCAGACUCUGUCAGCACACCAGAGUAUAUCAAUUCGCUUGCAAGGCUCUUUGACCCAUGCCAAGUUGUGGGACAUCACUUCUCUGAUGUCGCAUUGUCAGACGACCCGGCUUCAGAUGUAGUACAAGCAUUGAGAGCAAGAUAUCCGAUUCUUGCCACACUUCCGAGGAGAAUGACACCCAAUGUCUCGCCAGAGCUAAAGAGAGCAGUAACUGCGAAUGCGAGCAGGACGAAGACAGGGAGUGCAAAACCUACUACGAAGAAGAGAGAAAGGACCGUUCAAGCAGAGGAAGCCGAAAUAAGCGAGCAAGCAACACCAGUUCGCCGGUCGUCCAGAGUAAGAACCNCCACACCAAAGAUGAAAGAGGCCAAAUUUGGCUUCUUCAUCAACGGACAGAACCUUCCUUCCAGGGAUAAUCCGGAGAUCAAGUCGAAGCGAUUCAAGGGUGACACG